CGAAACCCCGCAGGGCUGGCGGCAGCCACUCCGGCUCCUCAGAGGGAAGCUCGGGCUAAGCAAGCAGCACCUGGGCACCCUUCCCCCGCCCCCCCAGUCAUGCAUGCCGGUCGCUGCUCCAGGCCUCCCCUCUCCCGAAGUCCAAGAUGACACCCAACAGCACCGGGGAGGUGCCCAGCCCCAUUCCCGUGGGGACUCUGGGUCUCUCCCUGGCCCUGGCCAGCCUCAUUGUUACUGCCAACCUGCUCCUGGCCCUGGGCAUCGCCUGGGACCGCCGCCUGCGCAGUCCCCCUGCCGGUUGCUUCUUCCUGAGCCUGCUGCUGGCCGGGCUACUCACGGGGCUGGCACUGCCCAUCCUGCCAGGGCUGUGGAGCCAGAGCCGCCGGGGGUACUGGUCCUGUGUGCUCCUCCAUCUGGCCCCCAACUUCUCCUUCCUCUCCCUGCUCGCCAACCUCCUGCUGGUGCACGGGGAGCGCUACAUGGCAGUGCUGUGGCCCCUCCGGCCCCGCGGGUGCCCCCGUCUGGCCCUGCUCCCCACCUGGGCUGGCCCACUGCUCUUCGCCAGCCUGCCUGCCAUGGGGUGGAACCACUGGGCCCCGGGGGCCAACUGCAGCUCCCAGGCCAUCUUCCCAGCCCCUUACCUCUACCUUGAGGUCUACGGGAUCCUGCUGCCCGCCGUGGGCGCUGCCGCCCUGCUCUCGGCCCGAGUGUUGGCCACUGCCCACCGACAGCUGAGGGACAUCCGCCGGCUGGAGCGAGCCGUGUGCCGCUGUGCGCCCUCCGCCCUGGCCCGGGCCCUCACCUGGAGGCAGGCCAGGGCGCAGGUGGGUGCCACGCUGCUCUUUGGGCUGUGCUGGGGCCCCUACGUGGCCACCCUGCUGCUCUCCGUCUUGGCCUAUGAGCAGCGCCCGCCGCUGGGACCCGGAACUCUGUUGUCCCUCAUCUCACUGGGCAGCGCCAGCGCGGCCGCUGUGCCUGUGGCCAUGGGACUGGGCGAUCAGCGCUACACGGCCCCCUGGAGGGCAGCUGCCCGCAGGUGGCUGCAGGGACUGCGGGGAAGAGCCUCGAGGGACUGUUCCCACCCCAGCACUGCCUACCACACCAGCAGCCAGAGCAGCAUCGACCUGGACUUGAACUAGGGGAAGGACAAGAGCUUCGUUGACCGCUUCCGGAAGCGUCGGCCCAUCCCAAGCCCGCCUCUCUCAUGCUCCCACUCACUCCCAGAUCAGAGAUGCUGCCCCGUGUUUGGCCCCACCCUGGCUGAAUAAAGCUCUCUGCCGGUAGACAGUUCUCCUGCAUUCAGAAGGGGAGGCCGUGAACAGCUCUGGAAAGUACAAGCUGUGUCCUGGGGGAGUGCUGCACCAGACGGGCUGCGAGUUGCGGAAGGGAACACAUAGCAGAGAAAGAGGCGCCUUAAAACCCAACAGAUCAUUGGGGUCUCUCAUCUGAUGUGCCCGUCCCCCACCACAAAAUCCACACAGACG